UCUGAUCCCCAAUGACGCCACUAUGGAGAUGACAAUCCAUAGCGUACUUUUUCUUGGCUUUUUUCCAGUAGUUUCCCUGAUUAUAGAUGUUACACAAGUGAAGCUUUAUGAACCGGCGACCCUACCCUGCGUAAAACAGUGCAGUGGUGCAGUGCAGUGGACUAGCAUUGCUAGUAAAGAAGUUGUAGCUGAAUAUAAUCAAGACACCUGCAAACAUGAGAGAGGAUACAAGCUGUCUCAUGAGAAGAUCCUCGCCGGAGAUCUUUCCCUCACCAUUAUUUCAGCUGAUUUCGGCAAGAAGGGUUGGUACACCUGUGCCUGCAAUGGCAGAGACAUCUGCACCGUGAGCCUUCGUAUUCAGUCACAGGGUUUGUCUAUUCAGAUGAAGCCCAACAAAGCCCUUGUUCUGGAUCUGCCUGUAAGAGAGCCUGUGGAAGUGAUUUACAACAGCAAGGGCUCAGAUGGUUCACCCAGCCAGCAGAUCUGCACGGUGGAGGGUCGUUCCCUUCAGUGCAAUGCUGACUACAAAGAGAGAGUGUCACUGGACUGUGCUCUUCAUCUGAAAGAAAUGAUGGCCUCUGAUCAUGGGACUUAUAUCAUCAAGGAUACCAAGAACAAAGAAAUUAUCAGUACUUACAAUGUCACAGUACAAGACAAACAGCCAUUGCCAGUUGGAUCCAAGUGCAAUGAGUACACAGGAGCAUGGGUGGCACUGGUAAUGGUGCUGAUCGGGAGCUGGGCAAUCAUCUUCCAUCUAAUCAGAAAAAUAUGGCAUCUUCAGAAGAAAGGAGCUAAGAGUAGCAGCCUUAGGGACCCUCAAGUUCAGGGUCCCUCAAGCUAGUUUUAUACAGUACACUGUGUGUGUGUGUGUGUGUGUGUGUGUGUGUGUGUGUGUGUGUGU